AUGCAUGGCCUCAACUGGCUGGGUGCUGUGCUCUUCCUUGGGGUACAGCUCCGAGCACUGUGGCCUGCGGCAGCCGUGGAGGUCUACACUUCCAAGGAGGUGGAUGCUGUGAACGGCACUAACCUGCGGUUAAAAUGCACCUUUUCCAGCAGCAGCCCUGUUAGCCAGCACCUGUCAGUGACCUGGAACUUCCAGCCUGAGGACCUGAGCUCUCAUGAGCCAGUAUUUUAUUACCUGAAGGAGCCCUACAAGCUGUCUGCUGGACGGUUUAAAGAGCGAGUCACCUGGGAUGGGAAUAUUGAGCGCAAUGAUGUUUCCAUCGUUAUCUGGAAUUUGCAGCCCACUGACAACGGGACAUUCACCUGCCAGGUGAAGAACCCACCAGAUGUUGAUGGCACAAUCGGUGAAGUGCGACUCAGAGUUGUGCAGAAAGUGCAUUUCUCAGAAAUCCACUUCCUGGCGGUGGCCAUCGUGUCUGCUUGUGUGCUGAUGAUCAUUCUGGUGACAGCUGUGAUUGCCUGUCAGCACCAUCGGAAGAAAGCGCAGGAGAAGAGGCUCGAGGUGGCAGACACUGAACUUAGAGAAAAGGAGAAUCUGAAGAUUAGAGAAGAAAAGGAAGCCAGUCCAUUAGAAGACUAG